AUGGAGCCCGAUCCGAACGCGUUCAAGCGGAGCUCAAUACAUCAAGCAUUAUAUAGUCGCCCGGUCGAACGACGCGCCAGCAAGAAAUCCUCAUCCAGAGAUCGACAUGGGAUGGUCUAUCCCGACAGUUUCCGAGAAACCACGAUCCGAACUGUGACGCCAGAGUCGCACUCCCCCGCUACCCAUUCCCCCCUAUCCGAGCCCGAACCUUUCGCGAGCGGCGGCACCUCAUCCCCGCAAAGCACUGUGCGAUCGCGGCCCACCGAGCCUGAACGGCGUCGGGAGUUGAGCAAAUAUUCGUCUGGAGGAGGCGACGAAGAUAUACCACCAGAGGGAAGAAGCCAGCGGGCGCGAUCACGAACAACGGCGGCGGAGGAACAACGAAACGAGACCACCCCCAGCUCCUUCAAAACUCGCACACGAAUCGGAUCAAUCAACACAGCUGGCUCAUCAUCGCCAAAAUUGUCUGAGGAUUCAUCAAAUUCGAUCGGGUUUCCGUCAAUUCAAUCAAGGCAAUAUUCCAGCCAGUCGGUCCCGCGUCAGCGAUCAAGCAAAACCGUGACUGGAAUUGCAGACAGCCAGGAUUCUUUCGCCUCCCCUCUUUCAAGCUCUGAAGCCACGAAAAUCCUACAAUUGAUGAAAACUACUUGUGGGAGGAUGCAUGGGAUCCUGUCCUUUCGAACCGCCUCAACCACUUCGUGGACCUCCGGGUACUGUGCUAUCAAUGUCGCUACUGGAAGUCUGAUCUAUCAAGCGAAAGGAGAACCCGCAUUGGCCAAGACGCUGAUUCCUGAUUUGCGUGGCUGUCGAGUUCGAACAUUGUUCGACCCUGAGCUUCAGACUACUUAUCUAAGCGUCCACACAUUUACCUCCGGGCUUGGGAUACAACUACGCCCCCACGUUAAGGAAACUUUUGAUUCAUGGCUUGCAGCCCUGCUCUGCUGGCAACCUAUCCGACCUAAGGGUGUCCAAAACAAAAUGACCAAGCCUCAAGAGGUCGUCAUUGGAGACCGCCGAAUCCCUGAACGUCGGCGCAAUUCGGAAAGCGCUGCUCAAAAGGACGCAACUAUUAUCAAAGUUGGCAAAAUGCUUUUAUGGGAUAGACCCUCUGCCUCUGGUGCAAUGCCGAUAUCUGGACGCCGAGUGUCUACGUAUCGACAGUCAAGGGCAUUGUCUUCCUCGUGGCAGAAAGUCAGUUGCACCCUACAAGAGAAUGGAUUUUUCAAACUUUACACUGAGACCGAUGUGUCUCUCUUGGCAUGCGUUCAGCUGUCUCAAUUGUCUCGCUGUGCCAUCCAGCAGUUGAACUCCUCUGUCCUCGAUGAUGAAUUUUGUGUCGCGAUUUACCCGCAGUAUGCGGCACAUCCAGUACCAGACUCAAACGUUCGUCCGAUAUACCUUGCCCUGGAAAGCCGUGUACUUUUCGAGGUGUGGUUUGUCCUUUUGCGCGCCUUCACGAUUCCAGAGCUCUAUGGGCCUGCAUCAAAAAUCGAAGAUCCCAACAAGACCCCAGAAGCCGAUGCCCCCGCGACUCCCCUACUCAAAGACAUGUUCCGGAUUGAACGAUUUUUAAAUUUAAAGAUUGUCGAGGCCAAACUGAUCCGCGCCAAAGAGGAGGAAACCCCUCGAAGCCGAAAAGCAUCAAGAUCCCAUGGUCAUGGUCACCACCAACAAACUCCGACCUCCAAGGUUAGCGACUAUUAUACCGAGGUGCUUCUAGAUGGGGAAAUUCGCGGCAAAACUGCUGUCAAGUAUCGCACUAUGAAUCCUUUCUGGCGUGAGGAUUUCCUCUUCACUGAUCUGCCCCCAGUUCUAUCCCAAGCUUCGAUUCUUGUGAAAACUCUCAACCCGACUCAGAAAGACUGGACACUCAUCGCCCACGGAACAUACGCUUCCAACCAAGACAUGAACGCCGUAAAUAUGCUGGAUGAAAUCGAAAUCUCUGCAAACGAUGCCAUUUUCGGCCGGGUAGACAUGCGACUUGAGGAACUGGAUGCCGGUGUGGAUACUGAAAAGUGGUGGCCAAUCCUGGACGAUCAAGACAACGCAGUAGGCGAAAUGUUUAUGAGAGCUCGAAUGGAGGAAACUGUUGUUCUAAUGUCGGACGAAUAUGCACCGAUAUCGGAAAUUCUCCACUCCUUCACCAACGGUCUCACAAUCAACAUGGCUCAAGUGAUGUCGUCGGAGCUGACACAUUUGGCCGAAAUGCUUCUGAACAUCUAUCAAGUCUCAGGGUCCACGGUGGAAUGGAUCUCAGCACUGGUCGAAGAUGAAAUUGACGGAGUUCACAAAGAGUCCACCACCAACCGGCUGAGAUACACAACGAGAAUACAUUCCAACAACACUCAGGAGUCAGGCCAGGAGCGUGAAGUCCUUGUGAGAGACAUGGGCAGGACAGCGACUGUCGAGGCCAACCUCCUGUUCCGUGGAAACUCACUUCUGACCAAGGCACUGGACCUCCACAUGCGUCGUCUGGGCAAGCAGUAUCUUGAAGACACCAUUGCGGAACGACUACGUGAUAUCGACGAAAGCGAUCCGGAAUGCGAAGUCGACCCAUCUCGUGUUCCACGCCAUGAGGAUCUUGAACGCAACUGGAGAAACCUUACAGCACUCACCACUAGUGUAUGGAAGUCUAUCGCCGGCUCUGCAUCAAGAUGUCCCCCGGAAUUGCGUCGCAUCUUCCGGCAUGUCAGGGCAUGUGCAGAUGACCGCUAUGGAGAUUUCCUACGCUCUGUGACAUACAGCAGUGUUUCUGGUUUCUUGUUCUUGCGGUUCUUUUGUCCAGCCAUCCUCAACCCGAAACUCUUCGGGCUAUUGAAAGAUCACCCUCGUCCUCGUGCACAGCGCACCCUCACGCUUAUUGCUAAAGCCUUGCAGGGAUUGGCUAAUAUGACAACGUUUGGUAACAAAGAACCUUGGAUGGAGCCAAUGAACAAAUUCCUUGUGGGCCAUCGCUCGGAUUUCAAAGAUUUCGUCGAUUCCAUCUGUGGAAUUCCAGCUGAUCGACCAGCUCCUAUUGUCACGCCUUCCUACACCACGCCUAUUCAAAUCCUUGGAAGGUUGCCUCCGACGUCGCGCGAAGGCUUCCCCAGCCUUCCGUUCCUUAUCGAUCAUGCUCGGUGCUUCGCAAAUUUGAUUCGUGUGUGGCUUGACGUGGCUCCUCAUCGGUUGAACGAAUUAGGAGAACUUGAUGUCAACCUUGCCAAGUUCCAUAAAGCGGCUCUUGAUCUACGGGCACGGACCGAGGAGUGUCUCAGUCGAGCGGAGCAAGCCGAGCGGCCUAGUGGCAGUCUCGAGAUCAAAUGGGAAGAGCUAGUGGACUCGAUGGAACGGCCCGUGACCUUUUACGACGAACGCUCGAGCCAGCCAUCGACCCCUGCCGCCGAUCCCAUGAUGUCCGGCUCCGCGCCAGCACCAAACAGUCAUCGCAACUCCAUUGGCUACUUUGCUACGCGACCUGCAAUGCCUCGUCGUUCCACCGAUCAUGCUCCUGACGCCGAUGAGGAUACACCGCCAAGCUCGUCAUCCGCUACCUGGGACCAAAGUCGCAUUCCAUUCGCCAUCCCACGUUGGUCUGAUGCCCGCGACAGCACCGGAAGUUCCAAGAAUUCCUCAACCUACUCGCUGGAGUACUCGGAGUCUUCCAAAGCGCGCAGGGCCAGCGUCACCAAGGAAUCAUCUAGCAAGUACCGCUUCUUCGACUUCGUCCCCGCCCCAUCUCGACGCAAACACAAGGACCGUGACCAGUCUCAAAACAACCACUCGCAUGAGGAUUUGCGCAAUGAAUCUUAA